AUAGAGCUAAAUGGAUCCAGAUUCAGUGAAAUCAACCUUGUCUAAUUUAGCAUUUGGCAAUGUAAUUGCAGCAGCUGCUCGCGAUUAUCAGAAGGAAUUGCUUGCUCAAGAAAAGGCACAGGGAUCUAAUUCUGUCCACCAAGAGGUUGAUCUUGAUGAGUUGAUAGAUGAUCCUGAGCUGGAAAAACUGCAUGCAGAUAGGAUUGCAGCACUCAAGAAAGAAGUUGAAAAGCGUGAAGCCCUAAAGAGGCAAGGACAUGGUGAGUACAGGGAGAUAACUGAGGGGGAUUUCUUGGGUGAAGUCACCGGCAGUGAGAAAGUUAUUUGCCACUUCUACCAUAGGGAGUUCUAUCGGUGCAAAAUAAUGGAUAAGCAUUUGAAGGCUCUUUCACCGAGACAUGUUGAUACAAAGUUCAUCAGGAUGGAUGCAGAGAAUGCACCAUUUUUUGUUACCAAACUUGGAAUCAAAACUUUGCCAUGUGUCAUACUGUUCAGGAAAGGGAUCGCUGUUGAUAGACUCAUUGGGUUUCAAGAUUUGGGAGGAAAAGAUGAUUUCACCGAAAAAUCGCUUGAGAUUCUGCUGAUAAAGAAAGGUAUACUUAGUGAGAAGAAAGAUAAUGAAGAUGAUGAAGACGAUGAUUACCUUGAAAGCAGGCGAAGGACUGUGAGGUCAUCUGCGGAUCCUGACUCUGAUUCUGAUUAAAAAAACUGUAAAAGAGAAACUGCAGAGUUAUGCUUGGUUAAUGGGUUUCCUUUAAAUGUGUGUACCAAUAUUUUUACAUUCUACUAUCUCUAGAAAUUUUUGUUUUCCUCAAAUCAAAAUGAAUUAGUUAAUGCGUCGUCUUCUUUAAAA